UUUUUUCCUCUCUGUCUCUUAAGUUUAUGUCAAUGCUGUAGAGAAACAAAUCUGUAAGUGACAGUGUGGCACCAUGCUGGAAUUGAAUAAGGUGGCACUCCUGCUGUGUUUCCUGGCUUCAGUGGCUCUGGGCCAAGGGUCUGUGAGGAUCAGGAGCCAGUCAGACAGGGGCAGGAGAGUGGCACUCAACUCAUUCACUGACACACAGACAACAGGCGUGACAGAGUGGACGUCUUGGUUCAACAUUGACCAUCCUGGGGGGAAUGGAGACUACGAGCGCCUGGAGGCAAUCCGUUUCUAUUACAGAGAGAGAGUUUGUGCACGGCCCACGGCUAUGGAGGCUCGCACUACUGAUUGGGUGGCGGCGGCAGACACAGGGGAAGUGGUCCACUCCAGUCUGGAAAAGGGCUUCUGGUGUAUCAACAAGGAACAGCCCCACGGCCGCAUCUGCUCCAACUACCAUGUCCGCUUUCAGUGUCCCCCAGUACAGAGCUAUUGGACUGACUGGACUGAGUGGGGUCCUUGUUCAACCACGGCAUGUAACGACGUAGGCAUCCAGGUCCGCCAGAGGAAAUGUGUCAGUACUCAGCCCACACCUCUCCUGUUGGUGCCAGCAUGCCAAGGCCGCCAUUCAGAGAGGAGGGAGUGCUCCACCCCUCCAUGUACAGCCAAGUGGAGUCCGUGGGGUCGGUGGGGGGCAUGUUCAGUGACCUGUGGCGGAGGACGCAGGAUUAGGAGGAGGACCUGUGUGAGGACCUCAGUGACAGUGCAGUGUACCGGACGGCCUGUUGAAAUACAGAAGUGUGGGAAGAGUCCUUGUCCAGUCAAAUGUCAGCGUGUGUGCACCGAGGGUCGUCCCAGUGAUGACUGCAGCCGCUGCGUGUGUGACGGCCAUGUGCUACAUGGAGAGGUCCACAGUGUGACUGGUGUCCCUGUGGCGGGAGCGUGGGUGGCACUGGCCAGCCAGCCCAAGGUUGUCCGAGCCCGUACGGAUGCCAAAGGUCAGUUUAGGCUCACAGAGGUCUGCUCCUCCAGCUCAACCUUGAUCAUCAUCAGGAAGGAGAAAUUUGCCCCGAUCACUGUCUCCACCUUCAGUAACACCACAGGGUUGUCCUGGGUGCAGGCCAUCCUCAAAUCAGCUGAAAAGCCGUACAUUGUAAAGCACCCAGAGGACAAAGUGCGUUAUGAAGGAGGACGGGUGCUGUUUUGCUGCAAGGCAACGGGAUCACCAACACCUGACAAAUACUACUGGUACCACAACGGGACUCUGCUGGACAGGAAAGUGUACAAGUAUGAGGAGGACCUUGUACUGCGGGACCUGAAGCUGGAGCAGGCAGGACAGUAUUACUGCAAAACCAGCAGCCCUGCAGGCAGCAUCAAGUCCUCUCCAGCCUCUCUCACUGUAAUUGCAAAAGGAACACCAGCAUGCAAUUCCACCCCUGAGGUGCACCUCAUCAGACUGCCGAUGGACUGUGUUCAACCUGGGACUACCUCCAAGUACUACAAUGCUGGCCGCUGCCCUCACAACAAAUGUGCCGGCUCCCUAGACUUUGAUAUGCGCUGCAGAGAUGGAGCAGGAUUUUGUUGUGGGGUUCAAAAUAUGGAAAGUCAAAUCAUUGACUGUGGGAGCUACAGCCUCCCUAUUCGCGCUGUGACACAGUGCAGCUGUCAGAAGUGCGUGCAGCCGACUGUGCUAGUUCGUGGUAGAGUGGUCACAGCUGACAACGAUGAGCCUCUGCGUUUUGGGCACAUCUAUAUUGGUAAGGAGAGGGUGGGCACCACUGGAUACCAAGGAGGCUUCACAUUACAAAUUACUCCUGAUACACAGAGAUUAGUGGUAAAUUUUGUUGACCCCACUCAGAAGUUUCUUGACACUCCAAAGGUGUUCAUCUUUGACAAGAAAGGUGGAUCCAUCUACCAUGAUGUGAAGGUGAUGAGAAAGCAGACACCUGUUGAUAUCAAUGCAGGAGAGACCAACUCUAUUAGCCUAGGAGAGAUUAAAGGUGAAGACCCCAUAGGGCAGCUGGUUAUUCCUCCCAAUUCCUUCCAUAAGGACAAUGGAGAGAUCUAUGAGGGGACUGUAAAAGCCAGUGUCACGUUCAUCGACCCAAGAAACAUCACCACAGCUGCUGCAGCACCUGGUGAUCUCAACUUUGUGGACGAUGAGGGUGACAUGCUCCCUUUGAGGACCUAUGGCAUGUUCUCUGUAGACUUCAGAGAUGAGACCAACAAGGAAGUACUUGGAGCUGGAGCAAUUCAAGUCCUCCUUGACACACAGCAUGUCAAAAUGCAAGAGCAUAUUCCCAAAAUGAAACUGUGGUCUUUAAACCCAGACACAGGAGUCUGGGAGGAGGAGAGUGACUUUUCAUCCACCACAACUACCAGUGGUCAUGGGCGGAGCAAACGAGAGGAGCGCACAUUCCUCAUAGGUAACAUGGAGAUCCGAGAACGUAGGCUCUUUAACUUAGAUGUUCCUGAAAACAGACGCUGUUAUGUCAAAGUCAGGGCUUACAUGAGUGACAAGUUCCUUCCAAGUGAACAGCUGGAAGGUGUUGUGAUCAGCUUGAUAAAUUUGGAGCCCAAGCCUGGAUAUUCAUCGAAUCCUAGGGCAUGGGGCCGCUUCGACAGUGUCAUAACUGGACCCAAUGGGGCCUGUUUACCAGCUUUCUGUGAUGCCCUGAGGCCUGAUGCUUACACAGCUUAUGUCACUGCAAUGAUGGGUGGGGAAGAACUCGAGGCAGCUCCUUCCUCCCCCAAGAUGAAUCCAAACAUUAUUGGAGUAUCUCAGCCAUAUCUGGAUAAAAUAGACUACCAGCGCUCAGACCAUGAGGAUCCAGCCCUGAAGAAAACAGCCUUCAGAAUCAACUUGGCAAAGCCAAACCAAAACAACUUUGAUGAGACCAAUGGGCCAAUAUAUCCAUAUCAGAAUUUAAUAGCAUGUGAAAAUGCCCCUGUUGAUGCAAAUCAUUUCAGAUUCUUCAGAGUGGAAAAGGACAAGUACGAAUACAAUGUUGUUCCCUUUGAGGAGAAUGAUUUGACGACCUGGACGGGUGAUUACCUCUCCUGGUGGCCUAAUCCUCAGGAGUUUAGAGCAUGCUUCAUUAAGGUUAAGAUCCAUGGACAGAAGGAAGUGAUGGUCAGGUCAAGGAAUCUGGGAGGAACACACCGAGAAACAAAAGGCAAACUUUAUGGCAUUAGAGACAUUCGCAGCACCCGAGACAUGCGAGAGGCCAACACCUCGGCUGCCUGUCUGGAGUUCAAAUGCAGUGGCAUGUUGUUUGAUCAAGCUCAGGUGGACAGAUCCCUUAUAUCAGUCCUUCCACAGGGGAACUGUCGCAGGAUUGGCACCAACAGCCUCCUACAAGAGUAUCUCAUCAAACAUCCACCAGUUGCUCAAAACAACGAGUCCCAUGCAUUCACCAUGCUAGCUCCUGUUGAUCCUCUGGGACACAACUAUGGCAUUUAUACAGUCACAGACCAGAAUCCCAGGGUGGCCAAGGAGAUUGCCAUUGGGCGCUGCUUUGAUGGCACCUCAGAUGGGUUCUCCAGGGAGAUGAAAUCAGACUCUGGAGUGGCACUAACCUUCAGCUGUCCAGAGAGGAAAAUUAACAGGGAAAGCCUCUUUCAGCGCCUGCAGACCAACCCAGGUCAGACACUGUCUCAGAUGGCGAGAGACAUGAGGGAGCUGGAGGGUCUACAGGUGCAGAGAUCAUCCACCCAGGUGGUGGCCUAUCCUUCAGAGCAGCAGGGCAGGACCCAGAAUCGCAGAGUCAGCUCUAGAACUAGGAGAAGAAUGUCCAUGCGCACACAGCAGGACCAAUAAAGGUAUUCUGUUGAGACUGAUAUGACAGCAUCAAGUCAAGGAAAUAAAAGUUGUCCGACUGUUGUUGAGUAUGAACUCCCUCUUGACUAUGAAAAUCACAAAACCAAGGCAGACAGCAAUUCAGCAAAAUCAUCAAGUGUGAUUGAAGAUAUUCAUCAGUCUUAUACUUGAAGAGAUUAUACUUGAUUUGAAGAGAUUUGUAUAUUCAGUUAUUCCUUCCUAAAAGACACGCAUCAUAUGUUUAUAUGUAACACAGUGACUGGCAUUUAUUUAAUUGGCUUUGGUCUAAUUUUAUGAAUGAAUAGACUAAAUUGAUGGUUGAGAAUGUAACUUUUAUAGAUCUAAUUUGUGGCAUUCCACUUUACCCAUGGUGGGUGUUUUUGCUGACAUCUCUCAAUGCUUGGGUUGAAACCAAACCUUCAAAAACUAUAAAUACUAUGCCAGGCCCCAAACACUUCAUAAUUGGCCAUUGCUUUCCAAUGAACUCAUACUUUUCUUCAAGAUCAGAAUGAAGAAAACAUGAGGUCCUGUUGUCUGCAGUAGACACUGAGCCCUUUUUCUACAAACUGGGAAACUCUCUCCACCAAUGGGAGGCAUACUCUAAAGAGACAGUGGGGUGAGGCAUGCCACCCUGGGAACAGAGGAUGUUUUCAGUCAUAAUUCUCAAUGUUUUUCAAUAACAUGCCACUUUGCCAACUGUGAUUCAGCCAAAUGUCCUCCCACACCUACUUAGAAAGUACAAGACCAAGGCCUUUGCCAAGACAAGCAUGGAUCUCACUAGUAUUAAGAAGUAUAAAAUCUGGAUAAUUAGUAUCAAGGUAUGACAUUUACUUUUGUCCUCUACACAUUCCAAAUUAGUCAUCUCCAAACAGAUUGUUACUCAAAAUGAUAUAUUCAUUUUCUCAGAAACUGUUAUAGAGGCUUAUUCAGGGUCUACAUUGACAUUGUUUUUGUUGUUGGGUAAUGUGUUUGUGAGCUGCCUUUAUAUCAUGAAGUGCAAUAACUAUGUAGUAUAAUUUAAUUUUCAUCAGCAUGUGACAAACUAUUACAGUGCAUGAAAAAUGCUGCUGGUGAAUGAAACAACAGCUCCUACAUGCAGCAGGUAAUGUGGUUAAGGUGUUUGUACGAGAUCUUGCACAGGAUUCAUUUUGAGUAAUUUUCAGCAAAUAAUUUAACUGCCAUGUAAUCAUUCUUUGACUUUCUGAACUGUGUAGAAUCUAUUAACCUUUUCAUGCUUUGCUGCAUGACUCAGUUGAUUUAACUAUCUGUGCACAGUAAUCUUUUCAACUUCAGAGCACAAUCUUGUUAGUGGGAGUUAAAACUCUCAGUGGAGCCUUCUUCCCAUUAACAAAACCAUCUGCAUGAUUAUUAGCAUGAGAG